AUGUCCGAAAGAGGCUCGUUCCGUGGAGGUGGUCGCGGCCGCGGCGGAGGCUAUGACCGGUCUGGCGGUCGUGGCGCCCACAGAGGUGGCGGUGCUGGUGGCGGUGCUCAGCAGCAGCAGCAGCAGGAGAAGCCCAAGAAGGAAAACAUUCUCGAUUUGAACAAGUACAUGGACAAGGAGGUGCGCGUCAAGUUCAAUGGCGGUCGUGAGGUUGUUGGUCUGCUCAAGGGAUACGACCAGCUCAUGAACCUGGUCCUGGACGAUGUCAAGGAAUCCAUGCGCGAUGACGAGGGUAACGAGAACACUCGCUCGCUGGGUCUCGUCGUGGCCCGUGGUACCAUCAUCGUCCUGAUCUCGCCCGCCGACGGCAGCGAGGAGAUUGCCAACCCCUUCGUGCAACCCGAAGAGUAAUCACGUGCUCUGGAGGUCGAUAGGCCGAUAUCAGAGCAACUUGGCGGUUUGUUGGUGCCUGAUGCGGUGUUCCCUUGGAGUGACCAGCCAUGUGCAUGCCCCGCACAAUUGACGACAAUGGUUGCAGCACUCAUCCGCCUCACGUCCUGCUGGAUGUGGUCGAUGGGUCUGCGUCUAUCUCGAUGUUGCCGUCCACCACGGACGGUGGACGGAAUCUUACUAUACACACCCUACGAAGGCAGAUGAUGAAAUGUAUUAUGUGCGCCCUGAGCGUUGACUUGUACCUGCAUGAAGCCAUGCAUAGCACAAUACCAGAAUAUACUAC